GUGAGUUUGAUCAGGGUUGGAGUUGACUUGAUCUCCUUGGAUCUUUAAAACCCCAUUUUACAGAGGUUGAUAUUGCAGCAACAGGUUUAUUUGUUUCAGUUUUGUGCGCGUCGCUGUCCGCUUCUCCUGACGCACCAAUUCAGCAGCGGAGCUCAUUGUGAGAUCGCAGGACUGGAGGAUGACAGCUCGAGUGUAUUGCUCGUUGAUUGCUGUUUUAUCAUGUCUGUUUGGAUACUUGAGCAUAACAGAUGCUACUCGAACCACAUUGGACUGUUACUGUCUGGGGAAGCUGACGGUCAAGCCGUCUCGUCGAGGAUGUUCUUAUAGAAACUGCUCUGGAGGACACAAAUGCUGUCAAUUUGACUGUGGGCCUGUGUGCGUUCCGCCUGUUUCCACAAAGCCAGGAGAGUGUCCACCCCAAUCAUCUGGAAGAUCGUGUACCAGGUCCUGUAGGAGUGACUCGAACUGUCCCAACAAUAAGAAGUGCUGCAGCAAUGGAUGUCGACGUAACCGUACUGCUCCAUAUUCAGUGAAGCCGGGUCGGUGUCAAAACCCAAAGAACAUUCCACUGUGUGCUGAAAGCUGUUUCCAUGAUGGCCAGUGUCCUGCCACACAGAAAUGUUGCCCAACCACAACAGGCCAUGCAUGUAGUGAACCACAUGGUCAGAGAAGAGGUAAUGGAAGCGGUAAUGGAAGAGGUCAGGGAAGCGGUAAUGGAAGAGGUCAGGGAACAGGUAAUGGAAGAGGUCAUGGAAGCGGUUAUGGUCAGGGAAGUGGUCCUGGUAAGGGAAGCGGUCAUGGACGUGGUCCUGGUCAGGCAACCGGUCAGGGAAGCGGUCAUGGUCAGGGAACAGGUAAUGGAAGAGGUCAUGGAAGCGGUUAUGGUCAGGGAAGCGGUCAGGCAACAGGUCAGGGAAGCGGUCAGGCAACAGGUCAGGGAAGCAGUCAGGCAACAGGUCAGGGAACAGGUAAUGGAAGAGGUCAUGGAAGCGGUUAUGGUCAGGGAAGGGGUCAGGGAACAGGUCAGGCAACAGGUCAGGCAACAGGUCAGGGAAGCGGUCCUGGUCAGGGAAGCGGUCAUGGAAGUGGUUAUGGUCGGGGAAGCUUUCAGGUAAGCGGUCAUGGUCAGGGAAGCGGUUAUGGUCAGGGCAGCGGUCAGGGAAGCUUUCAGGUAAGCGGUCAUGGUCAGGGCAGUGGUCAUGGUCAGGGCAGUGGUCAUGGUCAUGGUCAGGGAAGCGGUCAUGGUCAGGGAAGCUUUCAGGGCAGUGGUCAUGGUCAGGGCAGUGGUCAGGGAAGCUUUCAGGGAAGCGGUCAUGGUCAGGGCAGUGGUCAGGGAAGCGGUCAUGGUCAGGGCAGCGGUCAGGGAAGCGGUUAUGGUCAGGGAAGCGGUCAUGGUCAGGGCAGCGGUCAGGGAAGCGGUUAUGGACAGGGAAGCGGUCAUGGACAGGGCAGCGGUCAGGGAAGCGGUUAUGGUCAGGGCAGCGGUCAGGGAAGCUUUCAGGUAAGCGGUCAUGGUCAGGGCAGUGGUCAUGGUCAGGGCAGUGGUCAUGGUCAUGGUCAGGGAAGCGGUCAUGGUCAGGGAAGCGGUCAGGGCAGCGGUCAGGGAAGCGGUUACGGUCAGGGAAGCGGCGAGGGAAGCGGUUAUGGCCAGGGAAGCGGCCAGGGUCAGGGCAGCGGUCAGGGCAGCGGUUAUGGUCAGGGAAGCGGUCAGGGAAGCGGUCAGGGAAGCGCUCAUGGUCAGGGAAGAGGUGAUGGUCAGUGAAGCGAUCAAGGUCAGGGAAAUGGUCAGGAAUGUGGUCACAAACGGUCAUGGGACUUUUGCAUAACACCUACCGGA